AUGAAGGCUCUACGUGCCAAGACCGGGAACGAGCUCAUUCACUUACAUGCUGUCCAGGCCGGUGUGCCAGACUUUAGCGAGGCCAUUGUGAAGGCAUCCACCUACUUGCCGGCCAGCAUGGUGGCCACCGGUUGCAAAUACGAGAAGACCAGGCUUUUGGUCUUCAAGCCGGACAACUACGAGAACUUCCGGGCGAUGGAGUUCGUGGACCUCUCGGAGGAGGACCUGGACUAUUGGAACAACGACCUGCACCACGGCGAUUUGACCCUUCACUCCAACCUCGAACGAGUUGUACCUCACAACCUUGGUCCUCAGCGUCUGAGAACGAAAGCAUUGUCCACAUUGCCCUCGACGGACACCAUGUUCUUCCCCUUCGGAACCUACAAGUUGGCGCGGAGCCCAGCUGGCACGCCUCAGCGAUGCCAAAGCUUGAACAAGACUCGCUCGGUGGGCGACCUCCGCCAGGCGGCCCAGGCUCAAAGCAGCGCUGGCAAAGGAAGCCGCAGCCCAGGUCCCACUCCCUUGGUGACUGAAGACAUGAUUGAUUCCUUUGCAGAAAGAUCUCCAAAGCGUCAACUGCUUCGUCGCACCUCCAUAGCCCUGCUCUUGCUCCUCAGUGCCUUGCAGCGGCGCCACGGUGGCCCUUGGCCCUCCUCCCUGGCAGCACCGGUGACCGAUGCAGAGCUGCUCAGCACGGCGGAGCAGCGGCACGUGCAGAGGGUGGUGUGGCGGAAGUCGAUGGCCGCUAUCGCGGAGGGGAAGAUGCGGCCGGGGAAGGAGUUGGAAUCUUUGGAGCUGAUCUCAGCCUUGGACCUGGGGACGAUCCCGUGGAGCCACGUGCCACGACGUUUGAAGGAUCGUUUGGCCUUGCCCUUGGGCGACCGCGGCAUCGACUCCUUGGCCUUGAACCUCACGGUGGCGGUGCAAGCCAAGGACUACACCAAUGGCCUGGUGCCUUUGAAUCGGCUGGCGACUUUCUUCUUCCUCUCCAAAGCCUCGCCGUUGAAACGCUUCGUCCAGCAGUUGGUGGUCGCCACCACUGCGGGCACACGACUGCCGGAGGACUGGCUGCGCUGGAGUGGCGCGCAGCACAGGAAGUAUCGGGCGGAGGAGUUGGAGAAGUGGAGGCGCAAAGCGCUGAAGCAGAAACCUCCCGAGGAGCCGUCGAGAUCAUUGAAGAUCAAAUGUGAGCGUUGGCCACAUCAGAUUGAAUGCUUAAAGCGCUGCAGAGCUUUUCUGGAUGAUAAGACCAAGCGAGACUUCUUCGUGCAGAUCGCCACGGGUGGUGGAAAGAGUCUUGUGAUGACAGACCUGUUGGCUGACUUGGGUGAUGGAAAGCGGGCAUGUGUGAUUGUGCCAAAGCUGGAUCUCAUGGAACAGUUCGCACAGAUAUUGGAGAAGAGACUCCCAGAUCGUCAGGUGUCCCGGGUAGGCACCGGAUUUCCGGCAAACCUGUCAGCAGAGGUUUUCCUGUGCGUUCGCAACUCGGCCUGGCAGCUGGAGAAUCUGACCCUUGACUUGCUACUGCUUGAUGAGGCUCACCACUAUGAACCUUUGUCAGGAAAUCCUGAUUCGCCAGCAGAAGAUGCCAACCUCACCGGUGGAAUCCAUGCCCGGCGCGUUCUGUCUCUCCAUACGCCCAAGCGCAUCUACUUCAGCGCGACGCUGCGGAAUGAGCCGGACUUCGACUUCGGCCUGCGGGCGACGAUCGAAGCUGGGGUGAUCGAGGAUUACACGGUGAUGGUACCCGUGCUGACUGAAGGAGAUCCUCGACCUAGUUUGGUAGAACUGAUUAAGGACAUGCCUUUGGCGAGGAAGAUCCUUGCCUUUUGCAACACCGUCCAUGAGGCUCUAGAAUUUACCGCCCUGUUGUCCCAUGCUGGCAUUGCCGUUGCCCACUACAAUGCACACACAGCGGCAUCAGAGCGGCAAGAAAUUUUGAAUAGCUUCCAGCGCAGAGAAGCCUCUGGUGGAAUCCGGGUUCUGGUGACGGUUGACGUCUUGAGCGAAGGGGUGGAUCUCCCGGCUGCGGACACGUGUUUGUUUGUGGCGCCACGCAGGGGCAUCAGACUGCAGCAGUGUGUGGGAAGAGUGCUGCGGAAACAUCCAAACAAAGUGGAUGCCUUGGUGAUUGCUCCUCCCAUGGUGCAAUGUGCCAACAGCACCAUGUUGGAAGAUGCAGAGCUGAGUCGCUUACUGAGCGACCUUGCGAGUGCAGAUCCGGUGUUUCAGGAGUCCUUGCAAGGGACAGCAGGGACACCCAAUGGACGGGUCGAUGUGUUGGCGGCAUCGGACAUGCAGCCCAUGCAGGUGCAGGGUAUGUUGGAGGCCGCGGCUGAGAUCUUGCGAGUACAUGUGUUUCCCAAGGUUUUGGCAGGCUGUGAUCAGCAGUGGCGUUGGCAGCAGGGAGUCCAAGAGCUUCGAGCCUUUAAGGACGCGCAUGGUCAUGCAAGGGUGCCAUCGAGGCAUGUUGCGGCAAGCGGGUUCAAGCUCGGACACUGGGCAAAUACCCAGCGCAAAGCCAAAUCCACGCGGAAUCUCACUGAAAAGCAGGUGAAGCUGCUUGAAGAGCUGGGCUUUGUUUGGAGUUUGCUAGACUGGAAAAGACGGAGGGAACAUGCGUUGCGAAGAUUGGCAACCUACAAAUCUGAGCAUGGAGAUGUGAAUGUACCCUGGGCUUAUGCGACGGAUGAGGGGUUCAAGCUUGGAAUUUGGGUGGCCAGUCAGCGCGCAAAGAAGUCUAAAGGGAAGCUUCCUGAAGAGCAAGAGAAGCAGCUUGAAGAACUGGGCUUUGUUUGGAGUGUGUUUGAUGAGACGUGGAAGCACACGUUGGAAAGACUGGCGACCUACAAAUCUGAGCAUGGAGAUGUGAAUGUGCGCUCAGCAUAUGUGACAGAUGACGGUUUCAAACUUGGAUUUUGGGUGGCCAGUCAGCGGAGAAAGAAGUCUAAAGGGAAGCUUCCUGAAGAGCAAGCGAAGCAGCUUGAAGAACUGGGCUUUGUUUGGAAUGUGCUUGGUGAGCAGAGGGAACGCGCGUUGCGAAGAUUGGCAAAUUACAAUCUUGAACAUGGUGAUGUGAAUGUGCCCUGGGCGUAUGUGACGGAUGACGGCUUCAAGCUAGGAGUUUGGGUGGCCGGUCAGCGCAGAAGCAAGUCCAAAGGACAACUUGCCGAGGAGCACGUGAAGCAGCUUGAAGAACUGGGCCUUGUUUAG